UCAUGUGAACAUGGCGUCUGUGACAACAGCCACGUCAGAGUGGAUCCAGUUUUUUAUGGAUGCAGGCAUCCCAGCUGGCCUCGCUGUGACAUAUGCAGUCUCCUUUGUGGACAACAGAAUUCAGAAGAACAUGUUGAUGGAUCUCACCAAAGACAUCAUGAUAGACCUUGGCAUCACGGUCGUUGGUGACAUCAUCGCCAUUCUUAAACAUGCCAAACAAGUUCACCGGCAGGAUAUGUGCAAAAUGGCCACAGAAGCAAUUUCCUCAGGUCAGACCAGUGUUCAAGCUGAGCUGCGACGAACCGCCAACACUCCUGCCACUCGCAUGAUCGCCAACGCCUUGAGUCACGAGUCUCCCCCGCCCACUCCAGCCCGUCGCACCGACAACUGUCUCUCGGUCACUGUGUCCAACGUGCAGGCGAACAAGAGCAGUACAGCAGUUGUCAGUCAGCCAGCAGACGAGGGAAACGGGCUGCCAGCAGCAAAGAGCCGGCGUGUGACAGCAGAGAUGGAAGGCAAGUACAUCAUCAACAUGCCCAAAGGCACCACGGCACGCACACGCCGCAUCCUUGCCCAGCAGGCCAAAAAAGGACUGAAGCGGACCUCAGUGUUUUCAAGACUUGGUGCCGAGUCAAAGGCCGACACCACAACAAGCAAUAACAAGCCGACUGGCGUGUUUAGUCGUCUGGACCAAGCUGGAGGCGUGGAAGCCAGUUCCGGAAAUGGCAACGAUGACAGCGAUGGCGAAGGCUCUGUCCUCCAGUACGCUGGUGUCCUCAAAAAGGCGGCCAGUCAGAAGAAGGAUCCACCCGCCAAACCAGCCCCCACCACGCUACGACGACUGGGGGGCAAAUUCAAACUACCUCCUCCUGACACGCCCACCUCCUCCUGCUCAAACGGCCUGGCCCCGGCCAAAGUUAGCGUGCUUCAGAGACUGGGCAAGACCACCACGCAGCAGAGGACAGUGAUGCCGCCUGCUGAUACGCAGGUGAACCGAGUGACCAGCACCAGGCCCAAAGCCUUGGAGAAGCCCAACAUAGCCAGCGCGAAAGUCAGCAGCAGCACAGGGGCAGCUGGAGGAGCUGGAGCAGCUGGAGCAGCUGGAGCAGCGCGCUCAUGGGACAGUCCGGGAGCCCAGAUGGACGUUCAGGCAGCAAGUGUUUUUAAAAGGCUCGGCAGCCGGAAAACCUAACACAGACUUGGUUUUAAUGUCACCUCUCCUCAUUGCCAUAUGUUGCACCCCCCACCCAUCCGUUUGUUGAAAACAAGGGGGUGCUUUGAUUUUAAAUUCUUAAAUCAUCUCUCCACAAAUAGUUCUUUAAAAAAAAAACAGUAUCCCAGUCAAUUGAAACCUCACACUAUUUUUAACUUUGGUAAUCAUGAAUUUAAAGCAUGAGCAUGAUGUUCGCGCUGCCAAUAUGGUGGCUCUUUUUCCCCGGAAAAUCUUCUGCCUAUAGCCAUCUGCUCCACUAUGAAGUUGCUGUGCUACAAGAGACAUUUAAACUAAUUUGUCACCAUCGUAUGACACACCGUUUACUUACCUCCAAUGGCAUAAGUAGGAUUUCUGUAAAGUAUCAAUGUUGUGAACUGAAAACAUAGGACCUCUUGAAACACAUUUUCUACCACGCAACACUUUUUGUAACCAAGUUCAAACCUUGCAUGAUUAGAAGAGUUUCUUAUUUUCAAAUGCAAUAUUUGGUAGAAUUAUUUCACACGACUGCAAAAAUAUUUUUCUACCACUUUGCCAUGUUAUAAGACUUUCUGACUGAGGCUGCUGGACCCUUUUUUCCCCUGUUUAGUGACGUCAUACCGCCGCAAAUGUAAAUAUUAAAAGAUGUGGAGAAGCUGUGAGCACAUUCACCUCCCGUCGAAGGAACGACGGUGCCUGUUCGAUAAGUGCUUGAUAAGUUAUUAAAAGAAUGAAGGGUCCAA